CACAAGGCGUCACUCAUGCAUACAUUAGGGACCGUUCAGGGCGAACAACUAGCCUGAGAAAUAUUAUCUAAUUGGAUCGCAGGUGCGAUGGAGAAAAUACCAGAUUGGCUCUGCACAGACUUCUUAACAGAGUGUUUGAAGCACGAAGAGAACAAACAAAACAUAGUAGUGACGAAAUUCGAAGUUUCUCCCGCCAUCCCUCCAGGAGAGCAGUACGCCAGCUGUCCUCUCCGGGUUAAGGUGGAAUAUAAGGAUAACAAGGAGAGUGAUCACCUUCACACCUUGUCUCUCAUCAUCAAAUCAGAAGUGUCUGAAGGGGUAGUGAAGGAGGUGGUUAGCAGUUAUGGUUCUUGCGAGUCUGUGUUUUAUAAGACUUUUCUACCUAAGGCAAAUAUUUUACUGAGGAUAAAUUUUAUACCAAAGAGUAUCUUCUCAACAAAUUCGUCCUUGAUUGUACUUGAGGAUCUGGAGCAAGAAGGAUUUGUGAUGGCUGAUAAAGUGACAGGCUUAGACUUUGAGCACUGCUGCCUGUAUAUGGAGGCUAUGGCCAGUCUGCACGCGGUGGCAUUGGCUCUACACAAGGAAGAUCCUGAACUUGUGGAGUCUUUGGGUAGGGAGAAGAUUUACUUAAAUGGCUUGGUAGGACCUGAAGGUUUCAAAGCGAUGACGGUGAGUGGUUUGAGAUGUCUUGUUGACUACGCUGAGACGUCAGAGACGUUCAACAAAUACGCUGGUCUGAUCCGAGAUAUACUCGGGUCAAUUUGGGAUAUGACUAUAAAGGCAAUCCAUUCCAGCAGAGAGAGCCCUAUAAAGACUCUUAAUCAUGGAGAUCCUUGGACCAACAACUUGAUGUUCAAAUACAACAAUGAAGAUAAACCGAGCGAAAUGAGAUUGUUAGACUUUCAAAUGAUGAGGUAUGGUUCUCCAGCUAACGAUUUGGUAUUUUUUAUUUGGUCGAGUGCAAACGACGAUGUAAGAACUAGCAGGCUUGACGAAUUAUUUCAGGUUUACGUUGAAAGUUUUAACAGAAAUCUUGAACAGUUAAACUGCGUGGAACGUAUUUCUUGUGACAGCUUAAGGGAAGAAAUGCUAAAGUUAAGUCCACUGGCCAUUUGCACGGCGGCAUUUUUUCCUCCUUAUUGUGCAAAAAAGGCAAUUGUAGACGUAGAACCAUUUUUCCACAAAGGAAACUCAGACGUAUGUUACAAUAUCUACCGAUCAUUUUUCCGCGAGGAAUAUUUUUGGAAUUGUCGACUUCCAAAAUUAUUUCAGCAACUAGAGCUCGCAGGUGUUUUUGAUUACUUGUCAAAGUACAAGAAAUAGCUAGCUAAUAAUACUAGCUAAUAACUACUAGAAACAUAUAUUAAUAUAGAACGUAAUUAUAAUUAUUAAAGUUAAUCAUUUAUAGUGUGUAUAAAUCAAUCUAGAUCUAUGCGUAAAAAAUUCAUUUUAGAAAUUUGUAAACUACAGUAUGAAUGUUUAGUGCCAGGUACGGCAUUUAAAAAUAAUUAGUUACGUGUAAUGUGUAUGCAUCCCAAACAAAAUAUUGUUCACUUAUAAAUAAUUAAAGGUGAAAUACAUAGCUUUGCUACGAUACUGGUAAAAGUUUAUGUACAAGGGAUAAAAUAAACGCAUUAUUGUACUUA